CUACUCAGCCGCCCUCUGAUUGGUCCGCUCGGUGUCGCCACCAGGAUCGCCAGGACGAGUCGUGAUGAUUUCAUAAGUCAUCAUGGCGCUCACGUCGGCGGCCGAAGAGCACCCUUAUCACCAUUUAAUCGACCAACUCUCAGACGACGGAAACCUCAAGUUCUUUAACCCUCACAAAUUAAACGAUCCGAGAUAUGUCAAGCUGCCUCUGUCCAUCCGCGUCUUGCUGGAGGCGGUGAUCCGAAACUGCGAUGACUUUUACGUCACGCGGGAAGACGUGCAGAACAUUUUGGACUGGGAAAAACAGCAGGCUUCGGCCGAGGUGCCCUUCUCGCCAGCGCGGGUCCUCCUGCAGGACUUCACUGGGAUCCCUGCCAUGGUGGACCUGGCAGCCAUGAGGGACGCCGUGGUCAAACAUGGAGUGGACCCCAGCCUGGUGAACCCCAAAUGCCCCACAGACCUCAUUGUAGACCACUGCCUGCAAAUUGACUACAGCAAAUGCGCCAUACAGAACGCCCCAAACCCGGGCGGAGGGGACGGCGGUGCCCGGCCGGCCCCCUCCAAGCCUCUUCCGCGAGGGGGCUCCCACUGCGCGGGCCAGCGGGGUUCCUGCAGGAAAGUGGCCUGCAACGACCCCUCUUCGCCAUCGGCGGGGCGACCUCACGCCUCGGUGCAGCAGAUCGAGAACACGCCGCUCCUCUGCCCCUUCCACCUCAAACCGGUCUCUGAAGCCGAUACGUCAGUGAAGAAUCAGGAAAUGGAGUUAAGCAGAAACAAAGAAAGACUUCAGUUCUUUAAGUGGUGCUCAAAAGCCUUCAAGGACGUGAACGUGAUUCCUCCGGACGUCGGGACCGUCCACCAAGUUAAUCUGGAGUACCUGUCCCGAGUGAUCCAGGUUCGCGAUGGGUUGGUGUACCCGGACAGCGUGGUGGGCACCGACUCGCACACUACGAUGAUCAACGGCCUGGGCAUCCUGGGCUGGGGUGUCGGUGGGAUCGAGUCCGAAGCGGUGAUGUUGGGCCAGCCGGUGUCGCUGACCCUUCCUCAGGUGGUGGGCUGCAAACUGGUGGGCUCCAUCAACCCUCUGAGCACUUCGAUAGACGUCGUCCUCGGCAUCACCAAACACUUGCGCCAAGCCGGCAUCGCCGGUAGGUUUGUGGAGUUUUUCGGACCCGGCGUGUCGCAUCUCUCUGCUCCCGACCGGACCACAAUCGCCAACAUGUGCCCCGAGUACAACGCCACCGUCAGCUUCUUCCCCGUCGACCAGGUCACCAUUAAGCACUUUAAAAAGACACACUUUUCCCAGGAAAAGCUCAAGUUACUAGAGUCUUACCUGAAGGCUGUAAAGCUCUUCAGAAGCUACGAGGACCCUACGGAAGACCCCCAGUAUUCCGAGGUGAUCGAAAUCAACCUGAGCUCCAUGGUGCCGCACGUCAGCGGGCCCAAGAGGCCGCAGGACCGCGUGGCCGUCUGCGGCAUGAAGGGCUUUCAGAGUUGCCUCGACGAGAAGUUGGGCCCCAGAGGCUUCAAUAUCUCCAAGGACAAGCAGGACGUCCGGGUUCCCUUCCUACACGCCGGUCAGGAGUACCAGCUAGGCCACGGCUCGGUGGUCAUCGCCGCGGUGAUCAGCUGCACCAACAACUGCAACCCCUCCGUCAUGCUGACGGCAGGCUUGCUGGCCAAGAAAGCCGUGGAGGCCGGGCUCGCGGUCAAGCCGUACAUCCGCACCAGCCUGGCGCCGGGAAGCGGCAUGGUCACGCACUACCUCAACACCAGCGGGGUCCUGCCGUACUUCAGCCAGUUGGGAUUUGAGGUGAUUGGCUACGGCUGCGCCACCUGUGUCGGAAACACGGCCCCCUUGCCUGAAAGUGUUGUGGACGCAAUCAAACAGGGCGACUUGGUGGCGUGCGGCGUCCUUUCCGGCAACAGGCACUUCGAGGGCCGCCUGUGCGACUGCGUACGGGCCAACUACCUGGCCUCGCCGCCCUUCGUGGUGGCGUACGCGAUCGCGGGCACCGUGGGCAUCGACUUUGACAAAGAGCCUUUGGGCGUGACCUCAGCCGGGAAGGAGUUGUACCUUCGCGACGUUUGGCCGUCCAGGGAGGAGGUGCAACGGACGGAGGAGGACGCCGUCAUCUCUUCCGUCUUUAAGGACCUCAAGGCGAGGAUGGAGAAAGGGAGCACGUUCUGGAACAACAUGGAGUGCCCCGAGUCCGUCACCUUUCCCUGGGACCCCAAGUCCACGUACAUCCGCUCGCCGUCCUUCUUCAGCAAAUUAAGCAAAGAAGUGACGCCCCCUCAGUCCAUCGAGAACGCCCACGCCUUGCUGUUCCUCGGCGACAAAGUGACCACCGACCACAUCUCGCCCGCGGGCAGCAUCGCCCGCGUCAGCGCCGCCGCCAAGUACCUGCUCAGCAAAAGGCUGACCCCUCGCGAGUUCAACUCUUACGGCUCUCGGCGGGGCAACGACGCCGUGAUGACCCGGGGGACGUUCGCCAGCAUCAAGCUCCAGAACCGACUGGUGGGCAAAGCGGGCCCCAAGACGCUCCACGUCCCCACGGGCCAAACGCUGGACGUGUUCGAGGCGGCCGAGCGCUAUCAGAGGGACGGAGUUCCGCUCGUCAUCCUGGCCGGGAAGGACUACGGCUCGGGUAGCUCCCGGGAUUGGGUGGCCAAAGGACCUUACCUACUGGGCGUCCGCGCCGUCAUCGCCGAGAGCUUCGAGCGCCUCCACAGGAAGCAGCUGGUGGGCGCGGGCAUCCUGCCCCUGCAGUUCGCGGCCGAGCAAAACGCCGACACGCUGGAGCUCAGCGGCACCGAGAGGUUCAGCGUCGGCCUGCCCCGACGCCUGGCGCCCGGCCAGCGGCUCACCGUCAAGACGAGCGACGGCAAAAGUUUCGCGGCGACGGCGCAGUUGGACGACGACCAGGACGUCCUGCUCCUCCAGCACGGCGGCCUUCUGAGAUACGUGGCACGGACCAUGCUGUGAAAUACCAACGCCGGACUACUUUGUUCGCUCCGUUUUGUCUUCGGACUGCAUUUUGCUUCUUCUUAGCCCGACUGAAUGAAAAGUCCUCACAAGACACUCUUUUUUUUUUUUGGACUCAAGUUGGCUGGACUUAGUUGGACUUUUGACAGUUAAGUCACCGAAAUACUGAGCUACGUCAUCACGGAUAACUUUUUUUAUUUUUUUCCAAGUUUUGUCCAUCUUCGUCGACUAAAAAUUGUUCCUUCGACCCAACUCGCUGAGUUUUAUCCCGCCUCCCCACUGCAACACGCUUUUGUGUUUUUACGUGCGAUUUUUAUUUUGUGGAAUGAUUGGAUAAUAAAGUCAUGUCUCCAGUGA